AGCAAGAAAUAGAAGCAGUGAGAUGCCGCGCUGCGCUCCACUCACACAUUUGGCAAACCGCCCUUGUAGGCUAGCCUACUUCUCUCACCCUCGAGCUACUCUCCAAUCCUCGCUAGACCUAAUAAGUGAAUUCAACAGACAACCAUGGAAUGGAACGCAUGGCAAGAAGCAGUAAGGUUCGUUUUUUAAACAUUUUGCAAAGAUAUGCGAAAGCUGAGUUUUCAGUCGUGAUGCUGAGAGACAUUGUUGUAAAUCAACAACCUCGAGCGAGAGGAAAUUGACUUUCGACGGACAGGCGCAAACUCUUCUCAGCUUCAAAGACUGAUGGUUAUUGCUAAAGAGCAGGUUCCCGUGGCAGGGCUGAGGAGGGAUGCUCUUGGGGGAGUGCAGUAGUACCAGUAGGUUGCUGGAGGCUCUGUGUGGCAAGAGAAGGGUGCUUGUGUCGGCCAUGAAGCUGCCCUGCUCCUUCUACUGUUCCCUCUGGUUCCUCCUGCUCCUGGGGGCCGCGUCCUUACUCCUCCUAGUCCACCUCCAGGGCCUCUCAGACAUGCUCCAGCAACAGACCCCAGGUGCGAAGUUCAUGGUUGCUCCAAGGUGGCCAAUUCAAAAGGAUCAGCCCUCAGACAGUGCAGUCUUUGAAGGCAUCAACCUAGGUGGAGGUUUCCAUGGAGCUCCAGGGGAAGAGAUAUCCUCUAACCCCAGCCUCCCUAGUCCUAGCCCCAGGCAGCCCCCUUCCUUACAGUGGCUGCCCCACCCAUCCACCCCAACCUCCGGAGACCAACAGGCCGAAAGCCCCAGGCCACCGGUCACUAAACGCCACAGGAAGCUGCUGUUAAAGAGCGGUUCUGUAAUUCCUAGUGGUGCCCCCCCUGGUGAGGAGGACCGUAAGUUACAGGGCAUGGCUCAUACCCAAGUGUCCCGCCACCACCUGCUGAGGGAGGUCUGCACCAAAUACCAGCCGGGCGUCACCGAGCACCCCAUCUCCAGCCGGCAGGUGUCCCGGGUCUACGUGGAGGAUAGGUCAGGGCUGCUGUACUGUGAGGUGCCCAAAGCUGGCUGCUCCAACUGGAAGCGGGUGCUGAUGGUCCUGGGAGGCAGUGCCACCUCCACGCACGGCAUCGCCCACGACGACGCCCACUAUGCCAACCAGCUCCGCCGACUGGACACCUACAGCCAGGCGGGCGUGGCAGAGCGCCUCCGCUCCUACACCAAGGUCCUCUUCGUACGGGAGCCCUUCGAGAGGCUGGUGUCGGCCUUCCGCGACAAGUUCGAGAGCCCCAACUCGUACUACCACCCGGUGUUUGGCCGGCCCAUCAUCUCCCGGUACCGGGCCAACGCCUCGCUCUCCGCCCUGAGGACCGGCGCCGGCGUCACCUUCAGGGAGUUUGUCCAGUACCUGUUGGAUGUGAGGCGACCCGUGGGCAUGGACAUCCACUGGACGCCGGUCAGCCAGCUCUGCAGCCCCUGCCUGCUGCACUACGACUUCAUCGGGAAAUUCGAGAGCCUGAAGGAGGAGGCCAACUUCCUGCUACGGAGUAUCGGGGCACCUAGCAACCUCACUUUCCCUGACUUUAAAGACAGGAACCCCAAAGCAGAAAGGACUUCUUACACCAUUACCCAGAGAUAUUUUGAACAGUUGAAUACCACGGAGAGACAGAGGGCCUAUGACUUUUAUUACAUGGAUUAUCUGAUGUUUAAAUACCCCAAACCCUAUAAAGACCUGUACUGAAGUAGUGGCUGGAUUGACAUGU